UUAGAUAAUAAAAAAGGAAUUUAACCUUUAGAUUACGUGGCUUAGAAAGUAUCCUAGAAAGGAGUCGUGAGAAGUGAGGAUAGGUUUAUAUAGCCAGGAUGAUCUGUGGGCUUGCGGCGCGAAAUUUUACAGUGGUCUUGCCUUCUGCAAGCCCCAGCACUGUUGCAUCAGUAAGGGUCGGAUCCUUAAGCGGCAAUGGUCACUUACCCCGUCUGUUCUUGUCUCCUCACAGGCUAUUCUCUGUUUCUGCCGUUGCUGGAGUCCAGGAGGGAGCUCUCCUCACAAAGAAGAUCAUGGCCGAGAAUGGAGCACUGCACGAAAUAGCCCCACAGAAGAUCCUAACAGUGGAUACUAUGAAUCCUAACGUUAGGAAAGUGGAGUACGCCGUGAGGGGCCCCAUCGUGCUGAGGGCAGUAGAGAUUGAAAAUGAGCUGAAACAGGGCAAAAUCAAACCCUUUACAGAGGUGAUAAAAGCCAACAUUGGAGAUGCACAUGCCAUGGGACAAAAGCCAAUCACCUUUCUCAGACAGGUGAGUGCUCUAUGCACUUAUCCUGAACUCCUCAAUGAUAACAAAUUUCCAGAGGAUGCAAAGGAACGGGCCGGAAGAAUUCUUCGUGGAUGCGCAGGGGGAAGCAUAGGCGCUUACAGCAUGAGUCAAGGAAUAGAAUGUAUUCGUCAGGAUGUGGCCAUGUACAUUGAGAAACGUGAUGGCGGAAUCCCUUCAAAUCCUAACGACAUCUACCUCUCUACUGGAGCCAGCGAUGCCAUAGUUACCAUACUAAAGCUGCUGGCCACUGGUGAGGGCAGAACCAGAGCAGGAGUCAUGAUCCCGAUCCCACAGUAUCCGUUGUAUUCAGCUGCAAUUGCAGAGCUGGACAUGGUGCAGAUCAACUACUACCUCGAUGAAGACAACUGUUGGGCAUUGGAUAUCGAAGAGCUGAGGCAUGCUCUCACAGAGGCCAGAAAGCACUGUCAUCCCAGAGCACUUUGCAUCAUUAAUCCUGGAAAUCCAACAGGUCAGGUCCAGAGCAGGAAAUGCAUUGAAGAUGUGAUUCAGUUUGCUGCAGAGGAAGGACUCUUUCUCAUGGCUGAUGAGGUAUAUCAGGAUAACAUCUAUGCCCAAGGUUGUUAUUUUCACUCUUUUAAGAAGGUAUUGUUUGAGAUGGGACCAGAGUAUUAUAACACAGUUGAGCUGGCAUCUUUCCACUCUACCUCUAAAGGCUACAUGGGCGAGUGUGGUUUCCGUGGAGGUUACAUGGAAGUUGUCAACAUGGACCCUGCUGUAAAGGCACAGCUCAACAAACUGGUGUCAGUGCGACUGUGCCCACCCAUACCUGGUCAGGUAAUGAUGGGUGCUGUGAUUAAUCCACCACAAACCGGUGACCCUUCAUUCGAGCAGUUCAUGUUGGAGAAGAGGGCAGUGUUGAAUAACCUGGCUGAGAAGGCAAAGCUAGUUGAGGAAGGCUUCAAUUCUAUUCCUGGCGUCCAGUGUAAUUCCGUACAGGGUGCAAUGUAUUCAUUCCCCAGCAUAAAGCUUCCACCAAAGGCUAUACAAGAAGCAAAGGUAAGAGGUAUUGCUCCAGAUAUGCUCUACUGCCUACGACUCUUGAAUGAGACAGGCAUAUGCGUUGUUCCUGGCAGUGGAUUUGGUCAGCGAGAAGGUACCUACCAUUUCAGAAUGACAAUUCUUCCUCCAAAAGAAAAACUUAAAACUCUUAUGAAAAGCUUCAAGGAAUUCCAUAAGAAAUUCACAGCUGAAUAUUCCUAACAAAAUUAUUGGAUAUACAUUAUGCAAGAUGUUUUAACAGGACAUUGAUUGUUUUUCUCCUAAUUCACUCUAAAGUAUUUGCAUUGUUGAGAAUAGCCCAGCACUGCAGAAGAGCUAUAGCAAAUGGUCGGCGAAGGAUUUUUACGGAAAGUGAGAUACGAGUUUCUGUAUAUAUCAUAAAGCAGAAAGCACAAUCAUCCUUCAAACCAGCACAGAUCCCUGAGCUCAUUGUUUCUCUACUUUCACUGAAAUGCAUUCGUUAAGAUCUUUUUUUAUAAAACUACUACACUACUUAACGACAUACUGUGAUUCUUAUCCAAUGUACUUGUAGAUUAAGUUGUGUGUUUUCAGCUGCAUUAUCUUGAAACGAUGAUAACCUUGAACGUAUAAUAUACUCACACUACCUCAGUGCCUGCUAACUGAUAUAAGGUUGCUACUGCCUUUGAUGAUGUUAUAUAGUGCCCUGCUGGACAGAUAUCAGCUUGUCCAAACUGAAGAGAUUUGGGUUUGUAGUUUAGCGAAGUAUCCCAGGAGGAAGCAGUGCCUUCCUAGUCAUCAGUUCUUCUACGUAUUUCUGGUGUAGUUGUUAAAGUUACUCAGUGUAUUCAUCUCAGUUACGUUUUAUCAAAGUGGGAUGAUUUGUUCUGUUGUCAUCAGAAGGUUAAAGACAUUAUAUUGCACCACAUUGUCAUAACGUUAGCAUCGACUAUCUGAUUUAGAGAUGUAUUGCACUAAUCGCUGCAUUUUUUGGCAGAUGCUCACUAUCGUGGUUAAAAUUAAAUGAAAACACAUUUGUCUUCUUCAUAGACUUGACUGAGGUUAAUUGUACCAUACAGUGCCGUUUGUAGAAUAUGUGUUGAAAUCGUAUGAUAACCAGUUUGUCUCCAGGAGAUCAAGAAGAGUAAAAAAACUGAGGGAAAAAUUAAAAGGGUCUCUAUGGUGUGUGACCCUUUUGAUAUAGUAAUAUGUAUAAAAGCAUUCAAAGCCAUUUGCCUUUUAAUGCUACUUCAGUGUUUUUAUUUUAUGUCACAUCAUAGGUUUGCCAGCCUUUUGUAUACACAGUUGUACAUGAUCACAU